CAGAGAAUGAAAGUUGACUCUUCCGUUGAAUACUUUUCAUCUCAAGGUUGAGUUGGGUUUCGAGUUUUCCACCUUAAACUGGAACAGUGCUGAAUCGUGCUAGUGUGAAGAUGGGGAAGUUGACUCUUCCGUUUAUUGGAAUGAUUAUGGCGGAAAUUGCUCAGGUUGGGUUAAUCAUAUUGAGCAAGAAAGCCAUGGCACAAGGAAUGACCAAUUUCAUCUUCAUCUUCUAUUCCAACUCAAUCGCUUCCCUCCUUCUUCUUCCCACUUCCUUCCUCGUACACAGAUUCCAACGUCCUCCAAUCACCUUUUCCACCCUUUCUCGAUUCUUCUUACUCGCACUACUCGGUUAUUUGGCGCAGGCUUUUGGCUACGCUGGGAUUUACUACGGCUCUGCUACACUCAGCACAUCCAUGCUCAACCUCGUUCCUGGUUUUACUUUCCUACUUGCUGUUCUUUUUAGAAUGGAACAAUUAGAUUGGAGAAAAUUUAGCAGCCAAGCUAAAUUGUUGGGAACAAUAGUAUCAAUUGCUGGUGCAUUUAUUGUGACUUUGUACAAAGGCCCUGCACUUUUGAUGGGAGUAUCAUCUGUAAACUCAUCUCAGCUGCCACUUCUCUCAGAAGAUUCUAAUUGGAUACUCGCAGGAGUAUUGCUUGCAGCUGAUUGUAUAAUGGCUUCAGCAUAUAUUAUUGUACAGGCUUAUAUUCUUAAGAAAUAUCCAGCAGAAUUGAUUGUUGUAUUCUUUUAUUGUUUCUUUGUGGGCAUUCAAUCUGGUGUUACCUGUUUGGUUGUGGAAAGAGACAUCAGUGCCUGGAGCUUGGAACCUAAGUUAAGGUUGCUUGCAGUUUUAUACUCGGGAGUCUUUGGCUCUGCAUUUCAAGUUGGUGUUAUUACUUGGUGCUUGCACCAGACAGGACCUGUUUUUAUUUCCAUGUUCAAGCCCUUAGGAAUUGUCAUAUCAGUGGUUUUAGGUUUUCUCUUCCUUGGGGAUGCAUUCUAUCUUGGAAGUCUAAUUGGUGCAAUUGUGAUUGUUGUUGGGUUUUAUUCUGUAUUAUGGGGAAAAGCCAAAGAUAUCGAAGAUGUCGGAGUGAGAAGCUUGGAAUCAAAGGGAAAACAGACACCCCUUUUGGAGGAAAACAGCCAUGAAGACAUACAAGGGCAUUAGUUCAUUUUAAUGGAAUGUCUUCAUUUCUGUCCGCAAAUAGGAAGUUUCAAUUUUUUUUUUUUUUCAGAAUAAAGUAGUCUUCUCUGACUCUCAGAAGUAUAUUAUUUCUCCCCUCCUUUUUUUUUUCCCCCGAGCGGUGGGUUAUGUUUACCUGUGUACUUGUCUGUAGAUGUCGGAAAGAUGACAUCAACCUUGUAAGUUGUAACAUGUGGUUACCAAAUCUUGAAGAAAAGUAUUGUUGUAAUCUACUAUCGUAAAGAAAAGAAAACACAGUUCAUGCAAAUAUUA